AUGGGCAGUUCAAAUGAUUUUUGUCCGACUGGAUUCACAGACACUUUAUGUCAAACAAAUAUUGAUGAUUGUGUCAGAGUGCAAUGUCUCAAUGGUGGCUAUUGUAGUGAUCUCAUUGCUGAUUAUCACUGCAACUGUCAUCCUGGGUACACAGGAAAGCGAUGUGAUGUUGAUAUCAACGAAUGUUUGUCUAAUCCUUGUCAGAAUGGCAUGUGUACACAUCAAGUUAAUCUCUACAAAUGUACCUGCAAUCAAGGAUACACGAGCAACGCCACGUGCAGAGAUGGAGUAAACAGAUACUCAUGUGAAUGUCCUCAUGGAUACACAGCGUACACGCGUGUUCACUGUGAACAAUUAAGAGAUUCGUGCAGCUCUGGACAUCGCUGA